AUGAACCGCCAAUUACGCUUAGAUACGAACAAUGUAAAUCGCAGAUAUUCCUUCCUUCAGACGCCGUUGGAGAUGCAUGCCCCGGGUUACCAACCAGCAGCCGCCGUGGAUCCAACACAACACCAACAGCGCAUGCAGGAACAACAAGAACAACCCCAGGAACCAGAGCAAACAGUGUCCAGACAUGUAUCGCAACAAUCGCCAAAUUUAGUGAAUGAGAAAACCCAAUAUCUACAAAAUGACUCGGUCGCCUCUCCUUAUACUUCUGGCUCUCCUCCGCCGCCGGAACAGCAUCCAGCAAACUACGCCCCAUUUGCCGAUGAGAUGAUUCAACCUCACCCUCAACCUCCCGUACAACCCCAACCCCCUUCUGUGGAAGCACCGCAGUAUGUGCAGGAUCCUACUCCAAGGUCGCCAGGGCCGCUACCCUUGAAGACAGAUCAAACACCACCGGAACAGAACCCAAACUCCCGUCCUCUGGCUGUCGCGCCAGAUACAAACCCGUUGCAUUCUCCUCAGUUUCCACGGUUCCCUCCACCAACGGCGACAAGCACAGGGCAGGUAGCAGUCCCGGAGGAUGUAGCUGCAUACCACCAGCCCGGUCAAGUAAAACAUCCGAACCAAGAGAUCAAAGGCGGGACAUGGAGUCAUAGCAUGUGCGAUUGCUCGAAUAUCAGUACUUGCUGUCUGGGAAUUUUUUGUCCUUGUAUCCUAUAUGGAAAGACACAGUACCGGCUUACUCUGAAGUCGCGAAAAGAAGACCCAACAAAUCUCUUAGGGUAUAGCGCGUGCAAUGGGUCCUGUACAGCAAUGGCUCUGCUGUGUGGUUGUCAAUGGCUUCUGGCAACCAUCCAACAUAAGCGGACUCGAAAAGCAUACAGCAUCAGAGGCGAUAUCGGAUCUGACUGCGUCCGCGCUACCUGCUGUACCUGCUGUACCCUUAUCCAAGACGAGACGGAAAUCAAGAAACGAGAAGAGGAUCGCACCAAAAUAGCAGCAGCGCAAGGGGCAACGCUCAUGUCGCCCUACACUGCCCCGGCACCGAUGUCCUAUCCUCCACCCCCGAGAUGA